CUGGUGGAAAACAAGGAAGUUGUGGAACACUGGUGUUGUGUUUUUCUCUGUCAUUCUGAUUGAACUCUCUGCCUUUGUGUAGUAUGAUGUUUCCACUUUAACUUUCACGGAUAAUAUCUUAUUCGGCUGCUGUUGUUUGCUGUUUAGCUGGACCACCGUGUUUGGAAGAAGAAUGGCAGACGAAGCUCUGUUCCAGUUUUUACAUUACGAGUUGAUGCAGUACAUUUACAAGUCAGCGGACAGUAAGGAAACGGAGAAUGGCAGAAAUAUUACCAAACUGGAGAACAUGGGAUUCAGAGUUGGACAAGGUUUAAUUGAAAGGCUUACAAAAGACACAGCACGCUUCAAAGAUGAGCUGGACACCAUGAAAUUCAUCUGCAAAGACUUUUGGACAUGUGUGUUCAAGAAGCAAAUUGACAACCUCCGAACCAAUCACCAGGGCAUCUACGUUCUUCAGGAUAACAAGUUCCGCCUUCUGAGUCAGCUGUCUGCAGGGAAGCAGUAUCUGGAACAUGCUCCAAAGUAUCUGGCCUUCUCCUGUGGUCUGGUGAGAGGAGCUCUGUCCAAUCUGGGAGUGAAGAGUAUUGUGACCGCUGAAGUGUCUGUCAUGCCUGCAUGUAAAUUCCAGGUCAUGAUCCAGAAAAUGUAGGAUUUCCAGGAAGAACUCUAUUCAGCAUGUAUUUUUCUUUUGCCCCUAUGUAUCAUUGAUGGUGUGUCGUUAAAGGAAAAUCCAUCGAGCUUUAUCAGUGAUGUAUGCCUUUUAUUACAGUGAUGAUUUGCACAAGUUUGUUAAUACACAGGAGAGACAUGAUUACAUUGUUAUUAUUGUGAUUAUUAUUAUAUAUGGACAAGCAAUACUACAGUGGUCACUAGUAAAAAUAUUAGAAAAAUAUAUAAAACUAAUAUAUUUUUAUGAGUAUUAUUAUUAUGGAUAAAUAUAUGUAUAUCUAUAACUACAUUGACAUGAAAAUGAUGUUUUAUUGUUAAUGGGAUUGAGAAUGGGAACAUUUUUUCGCUAAAUACACUGAUAUGGAAUUUCUAGAUUGUGUAAUAAAGAAGGACAGUGGUUCAUUCACUA